AUGAAGGGAAAACUGAAACAUCUGACGAUUAUGUCAGCAUAUAAUAAGACUGAUAUCUAUCCAUCAACCUUCAUUCUCAUCGGCAUUCCUGGAUUAGAGACUGCCCAUAUCUGGAUCUCCAUCCCCUUUUGUGUGGUCUAUCUCUUGGCCCUACUGGGAAACUGCUGUCUUCUCUUUAUUAUCAAGACAGAUUCUAGCCUCCAUGAGCCAAUGUACCUCUUCCUCUGCAUGCUAGCUCUGGCUGACCUUACUGUGUGCACUACAGCUGUGCCCAAACUUCUCAGCCUCUUCUGGUUCCAUGAUGGAGAGAUUCGCUUUGAAGCCUGCCUCACCCAAGUGUUCCUGAUUCACUCUUGCUCCACCAUGGAGUCUGGCUUCUUCCUGGCAAUGGCUUUUGACCGUUAUGUAGCCAUUUGUAAUCCAUUAAGACAUGCAUCUAUUCUGACACAUUCGACAGUUGGGGGCAUGGGUCUAGCAAUUGUAUUCCGGGGCACAGCACUUCUGUUUCCUCAUCCGUUCUUGCUACGGUGGCUUCCCUAUUGCAGAACCAAUAUCAUUUCCCACACCUACUGUGAGUUCAUGGCGCUCAUCAAGAUUGCCUGUGCUGAGACCAGAAUCCGCAGAGCCUAUAGCCUCAUUGUUGCAUUUCUUACAGGAGGAGUGGACUUCAUAUUGAUCAUUUGUUCUUAUGUCCUCAUACUCUACACUGUCUUCCAUCUCCCAUCCAAGGAUGCCCGACUCAAGACUUUGGGUACUUGUGGCUCUCAUGUCUGUGUAAUCUUAGUGUCCUAUACUCCAGCCUUCUUCUCUUUUCUUACUCACAGGUUUGGGCACCAUGUGGCACCCCAUGUCCACAUAUUUGUGGCCAAUAUUUAUCUCCUAGUCCCUCCCAUGGUGAACCCCAUCAUCUAUGGGGUAAGGACCAAGAAGAUACGAGACAGGUUUCUUCAAUUUUUCAAAGUCUCUGAAAUAAAUAUUUUUUAUGCAUAA